AUGAGUGCUUUACAAGGAACUCAAGCUGAUGCGUUCUUGUGGUUAAACUACGGCCAUGUUGCAUUGACAUCGCUCUGGGUUUAUGACUACAUACUUUUCAUGCCUGACUCAGUCACUUUCAUUGUUGAGUCUCGGUGGGGGAUCGGCACAUCGUUGUAUCUCGGCUGCAGUCACUUGCCAUUUGCCUUGCUGGCAGUGAACAUGCUUGCUUUGUCGCUCCUAGUAAUAGCGAUUAUCUAUCUAGGGUUUACGGCGUUGCUUGCCGCUGAGUGCAUCUUCAUACUCAGAUCAUUUGCAAUAUGGGAACGGCAGAGAAGGUUUAUGGUGUUCAAAAUCAUCAACGCCGUUGUUUAUUUAGUGCAAAUCAUCGUCUGUUUUCACGAAUUUACCUCGUCAUUUUCCGAAGAAUCUUCGGCGCCUGGGGUUUUAAGAUAUGCGGAUACGAAGGCAAGCUCCUCAGUGAUUGCGGUGUAUAGCGUGCUAGCUGUUGCCGAGUUGGAGAUAUUGUUGUUUGUGCUGUAUCGCGCCGUCGAGAACCAUGGUGGUUGA